AUGGAGCCAAAACAGAAUGAAAACAAGCCUUCACCAGAAAACAUAGAACUGAAAUCAGAAACUCACAAGGGAGACAAAAGGGACAAUCAGAAAACUUCUCGAGUAACUGAUGAGCAAUUGGCAAGGUGGCUUUGUAAAUUUCUAGAUGAAUUUAUAAAGAAAUAUGGCAGUUUAAUACCACUCUGUAAAAAAGAUGUCGUAGAGAGAUUAAAAGAAGUCUUUAAUGAAGAUUUCUUCCACAGAAAAUCUUUUAUCACCAGGGAAAUCAUGAAAUACCAAGAAAAAUAUCCAAAACCCUCCACUUGCAAUUUCCAAUUCUCCUAUAAUAAACACAUGCUGGAUAUGGAUAAUUUAACUACACUGGAAGGCCAAAACUGGCUAAAUGACCAGAUAAUUAACAUGUAUGGUGAACUCAUCAUGAAUGCAGUCCCUGAAAAUGUUCAUUUCUUUAACAGUUUUUUCAUGGAACUCGUAACCAAAGGAUAUAAUGGAGUAAAACGAUAGACUAAAAAGGUGGACUUAUUCAAAAAGACUCUCUUAUUAAUUCCUAUUCACCUGGAAGUCCACUGGUCCCUCAUUGCUGUUAACAUCCCCAAUCAAACUAUUUCAUUUUAUGAUUCCCAAGACAUUAAUUUUCAAUUUUGUAUAGAAAACAUUCAACAGUAUCUGCUGACUGAAGCAAAGGAGAAGAAUCACCCCAAGUUCCUUCAAAGUUGGCAAACUACUGUGACAAAGUGCAUUCCACAAAAGAAAAAUGACAGUGACUGUGGAGUUUUUGUACUCCAGUACUGCAAGUGCCUUGCCUUAGACCAGCCUUUUCAGUUCUCCCAAGAAGAUAUGCCCCGAGUGAAGAAAAGAAUUUACAGGGAGCUAUGUGAACACCAACUAAUAGCCUAA